ACUGGUUGGUUGUCUCUGUCUUCUGCCUCCUCUGCUCUGUUAGACAGGUAAGGGAACUGCAAUGGAGAAUGACAUCGAGUAGCAGCAAGGCGGAAGACCCGUGGAAAUGGAACAUGGCGAUGGUGGAGAUGUUUUCGCAGGCGAAAACUGAUUAUGCAGACGAGGGAGUAUGUAUGCAAUUUUCUCUAAUUGGCCAAGAAUGAACAGGGUUGACGGUGAGGUAUUGAGGUGUAAGAAUAUAGUUGUGAGCAACAUGUAAGGAUUUAUUAUUAACUAGGUUGUUUAAUGAGGCAUUGCCACGGUGUGGCUAGUGGGAAGGUAACAUAACUAUAGGUGUUUUUAUUUUUGUGGCUCAUAGAUGGAGAAGGUGAGGGUGCUUGUUGGUGCAAAUGUGCAAUGACAGUUUUUUUAGUAUUAAAGAACUGUUUAGGGACACUGAGGAGUGGUUAUGAGUUGGUUAAUUAUGUUGGAAUGAUGUCGAAGUAAUAUGUUGCGAGUGAACUUGUUAAGUUUGCAGGCAAGUUAUUUCAUCCAACUCAUUUUAUAAUUUUCAUUUCUCUUGA